UGAACCUAACACCAUCCAUUAACCCAGACAUGGGACAUCUCGAGUUAAUACUAGUACUAACAUGGAUAACAGGUUGCUUUACCAUAGACAACAAUGCAAAUAGAUUUGACGUGACAGAGAGAGAUGCGGCGUUGGCCUCUUGUGAUUUCAACCAAAAUGAAGAACCGUUCUGCAACUUCCAACAAGACACUGCAGAUAAUGGUGACUGGACGCGUCACACUGGACCCACCCCCACCCCAGGCACUGGGCCUGAUGGAGACUAUCCGGAUGGAACUGGCUAUUAUAUAUAUCACGAGGCUGACAACUCCGUAAAUGGACAGAAAAUACGUUUACUCAGCCCAGUUAUUAGUAGUGGACCUUCUGAGAUCUGUGUACAGUUCUACUACUACAUGUAUGGCUCUGAGAGUAGUAACACCCUGACUGUGUUGGCCAAACGUCCUGGCUCUGAGGAACAACUGUGGCAAAAAACUGGGAUACAGAGCCCGUCAUGGCUUGGAGCCUCUGUCACUGUGCCCAUACCAGCUGGACAGACUGUUCAGAUUGUGUUUCAAGCAAUGCGUGGGCUCUCCUCAUCAUGUGACACUGCCCUGGAUAACAUUGUCAUCACUGAGGGAGCAUGUGCUGGCUGUAUAGCUGGGUGUGAUUUUGAUGAUAAGGAUGAAUGUGGCUGGAGGAAUGUGGUACCUAAUGAUGAAAUUACUGGUUGGGAGUUUUGGACUGGACAGACAGAUACACCAGGCACUGGCCCUGAUGAUGACUUCUCCAAACCAGGAUUGGGGUCAUACCUGUUAAUGGACUCCAGCUAUAGUAUUGAAGGAAAAUCCGCUCAGCUCUGGAGUCCCUCUACCUCAGCCUCUGGUUGCCUACAGCUGGACUUCCAUUACUACAUGUAUGGCAGCGCCACCAACAUGGAGCUAAAUGUCCAUGCAAUCACCACCGGUGGAGGACUUGGAGCCCCUAUUUUCAGCCUCAAAGGAAAUCAAGGUCAGGCCUGGAAGCCUACAACCAUUCACUACAUUGGUUCAGCCGAUUCAGUGGAGUUUGUAAUUGUAGGUGUUUAUGGUGAAACAGACAAGACAGAUAUUGCAAUUGAUAGUGUCUGCAUUACCACUUGUACAGCAACUCCAUCAACACCUAAGCCAUCCCCACCCCAACCCACUACACCUAAACCAUCAACACCACAACCCACUUCACCUAAACCAACGACACCAGGUCCAUCAUCCCCUAAUCCAUCUACACCCCAACCUACUUCACCUAAACCAACGACGCCAGGUCCAUCAUCCCCUAAUCCGUCUACACCUCAACCUACUUCACCUAAACCAACGACGCCAGGUCCAUCAUCCCCUAAUCCGUCUACACCCCAACCUACUUCACCUAAACCAACGACACCAGGACCAUCAUCACCUAAUCCGUCUACACCCCAACCUACUUCACCUAAACCAACGACACCAGGUCCAUCAUCACCUAAUCCGUCUACACCCCAACCUACUUCACCUAAACCAACGUCACCAGGUCCAUCAUCACCUAAUCCGUCUACACCCCAACCUACUUCACCUAAACCAACGUCACCAGGUCCAUCAUCACCUAAUCCGUCUACACCCCAACCUACUUCACCUAAACCAACGACACCAGGUCCAUCAUCACCUAAUCCAUCUACACCCCAACCUACUUCACCUAAACCAACGACACCAGGUCCUUCAUCACCUAAUCCAUCUACACCCCAACCUACUUCACCUAAACCAACGACACCAGGUCCAUCAUCACCUAAUCCAUCUACACCCCAACCUACUUCACCUAAACCAACGACACCAGGUCCAUCAUCACCUAAUCCAUCUACACCCCAACCUACUUCACCUAAACCAACGACACCAGGUCCUUCAUCACCUAAUCCAUCUACACCCCAACCUACUUCACCUAAACCAACGACACCAGGUCCUUCAUCACCUAAUCCAUCUACACUCCAACCUACUUCACCUAAACCAACGACACCAGGUCCAUCAUCCCCUAAUCCAUCUACAGCCCAACCUACUUCACCUAAACCAACGACACCAGGUCCAUCAUCCCCUAAUCCAUCUACAGCCCAACCUACUUCACCUAAACCAACGACACCAGGUCCAUCAUCACCUAAUCCAUCUACAGCACAACCUACUUCACCCAAACCAACGACACCAGGUCCAUCAUCACCUAAUCCAUCUACAGCCCAACCUACUUCACCCAAACCAACGACACCAGGUCCAUCAUCACCUAAUCCAUCUACAGCCCAACCUACUUCACCCAAACCAACGACACCAGGUCCAUCAUCACCUAAUCCAUCUACAGCCCAACCUACUUCACCCAAACCAACGACACCAGGUCCAUCAUCCCCUAAUCCAUCUACAGCCCAACCUACUUCACCCAAACCAACGACACCAGGUCCAUCAUCCCCUAAUCCAUCUACAGCCCAGCCCACUUCACCCAAACCAACGACACCAGGUCCAUCAUCACCUAAUCCAUCUACACCACAACCUACUUCACCCAAACCAACGACACCAGGUCCAUCAUCACCUAAUCCAUCUACACCACAACCUACUUCACCCAAACCAACGACACCAGGUCCAUCUUCACCUAAUCCAUCUACACCACAACCUACUUCACCUAAACCAACGACACCAGGUCCAUCAUCACCUAAUCCAUCUACACCACAACCCACUACACCCAAACCAACGACACCAGGUCCAUCAUCCCCUAAUCCAUCUACACCACAACCUACUUCACCUAAACCAACAACACCAGGUCCAUCAUCACCUAAUCCAUCUACACCACAACCCACUACACCCAAACCAACAACACCAGGUCCAUCAACUCCUAAACCAACAACACCUAAGCCAACUACUCCAGGACCAACACCACCAGUGAACUGCCCUCCAGACUCUGAGUACAUUGAUUGCGGCCCAGCCUGUAUUCCUACCUGUGCAGAACCCUCUACUAACUGCUCUGGUUCUUGCAUCAGCGGCUGCUUCUGUAAACCAGGAUUUGUUUUCCGUGGCCGGCGCUGUGUCCCUAUUGAGCAGUGUGGAUGUCUGGAUGAAGAAAAUAAUUACUUUGAGCCUGGUGAGAUCAUAUUUGGAGAUGGUUGUUCCAAGUUGUGUCGCUGUGGUGGCAACUAUACCUUUGACUGUGUAGACAACACCUGUGACCCUGUGACAGAAGAAUGUCGGGAUGUUGGUGAAGUGCAUGGCUGCUACCCUAAAGGAACCUCCACCUGUAUUGCCUCUGGUGACCCCCAUUAUAACACCUUUGAUAACCGGCGCUAUGACUUCAUGGGAAACUGUUCUUACCUGAUGUCCGAACCUUGUAACAGCACAGAUGUGCCUUACUUCGCUGUGUACACAGACAAUGAGAAUCGUUACAACAAUCCUCAUAUCAGCUACGUAAAAGCAGUUCAUGUCCAUGCGCUGGGAGUCAUAGUGUCCAUUCUGAAAGGAGGAAUUGUUCAAGUCAAUGGAACUAAUGUGAACAUUCCUCUGAGUCCUGUCAGUGGUGUUGACAUUUUUAUGUCUGGCAAGCACUACACAGUGGCCUUGAAAUUUGGAGUAACUGUACGUUACGAUGGAAACCACUAUAUGGACAUUAAAGUUAUCAAGGACUAUGAGGACAAACUUUGUGGACUGUGUGGGGACUACAAUGGAGACCCUCAGGAUGACUUCCAGACGCCAACUAGUGAACUGGUCCAAAGCCCCAAUGACUUCGGCCACAGCUGGAACACAGACCCCGAUUGUAACAAGCCAGAGGUUGGCCCAUCCCCAGGGUGUACAGAUGCUGAGCAGGAGAUGUAUGAAGGGCCUGCUUACUGUGGUAUCAUAUUGGACAGCAAUGGCCCAUUUGCUGCUUGCCAUCCAAAAGUCAACCCAAAUGGUUUCUUCCGAGACUGUUUGUUUGAUGUGUGUGAGCUGGAUGGUGCUCAUUCUGCUUUGUGUGAAGCAAUAGAGUCAUACGUCAAUGAAUGUCAGGACCGUGGAGUCACAAUUGGACCCUGGAGAAACAGCACCUUCUGUCCUCUAAAAUGCCCACCCAACAGUCACUUUGAAUCAUGUGCACCAGUUUGCCAGCCUUCCUGCAGUCCAUUUCCACCAAGUCAAUGCAGUGGGCCUUGUUCUGAAGGAUGUGUUUGUGACCCUGGAUAUAUCCUCAGUGCUGGCCAGUGCGUGAAAGAAGAAACAUGUGGUUGUAGCUACAAUGGAAAUUAUUAUAAGCCAGGUGAUGAGUUCUACACUAAGGACUGUGAGCUACUGUGUAAGUGCGACCCCCCAUCUGUUUCCUGUAAAGCUGCCGACUGCCCACCAAUGGAACAAUGUGGAGUACAGGGUGGUGUUAUUGGGUGUUACCCACAAGAAUAUCAAGACUGUAUUAUCUCUGGUGAUCCUCAUUAUAACACUUUUGAUGGCAAAUACUACAGCUACAUGGGCACUUGCACCUACACUCUGGCCCGCACCUGCAAAAACAACACUGGCCCCUGGUUCUCUAUAGAGGGUAAGAAUGAAGAGAGAGGCAUUUCUGGCGUUUCUUACCUGAGGAAACUAUACGUGACUGUAGAUGGCAUUACUGUGACACUGAUGAAAAACAAGAGAACUCUGGUGAAUGGACUCAGGGUGUCUCUUCCUCACUCCCCCUCUCCACUCAUUUUGCUGUCUCUUGCUGGACAUUAUGUGAUCCUCACAACUCCGUUUGGCCUGGAGGUGCAGUGGGACGGCAACCAUUACGCCAAGAUCUCUGUUCCCAGUUCCUACUAUGACCAGAUGUGUGGUCUGUGCGGGGAUUAUGAUGGAAACCCCAAUAAUGAUUUCACUAAGCCGGAUGGCUCCCAGACGGACAGCUCCAAUCAGUUUGGUGACAGCUGGCAAACUGAUGAGGAUGAGGAUGCAACGUGCAAGCCAGACCCCGGGCCUCAACCACCCUGCGAUCCUGUGCUGGAGGGUGUCGUGUCAAACCCAGAGAACUGUGGGAGAAUAACUGACACAAAUGGAGCAUUUAGGGACUGCAUAAAGGUGGUGGACCCCUUGCCUUUCUUCCAGAGCUGUGUGUUUGAUAUGUGCCGUUAUCAAGGACUGCAGCAGGUCCUUUGUGACCAGCUUCAGGCUUACACUGAUGUUUGCCUGAGUGCAGGUGCUCCUGUCCAUCAGUGGAGGGAGCCAGACUUCUGCCCUCUGGAAUGCCCUCCAAACAGCCAUUACUCCAUAUGUGUGAGCUCCUGUCCGGAGACAUGUCUGGGUAUCAAUGGACCACCGGGCUGCAGUGAGAAGUGUGUUGAAGGCUGUGAGUGUGACCCCGGCUUUAUCCUCAGUGACAACAAAUGUGUCCCUUUAAAAGACUGCGGCUGUGUGGACUCCUCAGGCUCCUACCAUCCAGUAAAUGAGAGCUGGUAUCUGGAGGGCUGUACACAGAAGUGUGCAUGUGCGGGUGGAGGAAAUAUUCACUGUUACAACACCAGCUGUCUUCCUACUGAGAGCUGCCAACUUCAAGAUGGAGACUAUGUCUGCAAACCACUUGGUACAGGCAUUUGCUCAGUUUCUGGUGACCCUCAUUAUAACACCUUUGAUGAUAAAGUACAUCACUUCAUGGGUGCCUGUUCCUACACUCUCACUAAGCCCUGUAAUGAGACCUCAGGCUUGCCAUACUUUUCUGUGGAGACACAGAACGAGCACAGAGACAAUAAUAAGAAAGUGUCUUAUGUAAGAUCUGUCAUCAUCAAUGUGCAUGGCACAACCAUCAUUUUGGGCAAGGGGCGCAAAGUUCAGGUGAAUGGAGUUCAGGUCAUUGUGCCUGUCACACUGUCAAAUGGUGUUAAGAUCUUCCUAAGUGGCAAAUUUGUUGUGCUUGAGACAGACUUCGGAUUGCGUGUCCGUUUUGAUGGAAACCAUCAUGCAGAUGUCACCUUGCCUUCCUCCUACAGCGGACUGUUAUGUGGACUCUGUGGAAAUUAUAAUGGUAAUCCUAAUGAUGACAACAUCAAGUCAGAUGGAACGCCAACAGGCAGCACCAAUGAGCUUGGAGAAAGCUGGCAGGUUCCUGAUGACAGACCAGAUUGUACUCAUGGUGGAGGAGACAUUGAAUGUGAUGACAAGAUCGAGAGUGAAGCACAGAAACCUACUAGCUGUGGCAUGAUCACCGACCCCAAUGGAAUCUUCAAGCCAUGUCAUGCAGUGGUGCCUCCCGAUCCUUACUUUGAGAACUGUGUGUUUGAUCAGUGUGGCACUGGUGGCGCCACAGUGGCACUGUGCCAAGCUAUUCAAAGCUAUGCUGACCUGUGUGCUCAAGCUGGGGUGCCAAUUAACUGGAGGAAUAACACCUUCUGUCCUAUUAAAUGUCCAGUUGGUAGUCACUAUGAGCCGUGUGGUUCAGCCUGUCCAGCCAGUUGUCAGGACCCUGGAUCUGAAGGCAACUGCUCUGAGCCCUGUGUUGAGGGAUGUGUGUGUGACACUGGUUUUGCCCUCAGUGGGGACAAGUGUGUGCCCUUCAGCGAGUGUGGAUGCACUGACAAAGACAACAACUAUAGGCCUGUUGGAGACAGCUGGUUCACAAAAGAUGAUUGCACAGAGCGCUGUGUUUGUUCACCUUUCAAUACAGUGACAUGCGAGGCAUGGCAAUGUGGUCCCGCUCAGGAAUGUAAGGUCAAUGAUGGUGAACUAGGCUGUGUGAACACAGGAGUGGGCAUUUGUCACAUUGCUGGUGAUCCUCACUACUACACUUUUGAUGGCAUCAUGCACACCUACAUGGGUACCUGCACUUACACGCUGGUGGCGAUAUGCAACACCUCUAUGGUGACACCCUUCACCAUUGUGGCCAAAAACGAAGAGCGCGGCCAACCAGAAGCUUCGUAUGUUCGCUCUGUGACCGUCUACCUGCCCACUGCCAACAUCACCAUCAGCAAGAGUGGAAGAGUACUGGUGAAUGAACGCAGGAUAAAGACCCCCUAUGACAUCAGUUCAGCCAAGGCGCGGGUGUUCAGCAGUGGAGUAAACACCGUACUGGACACUGACUUCGGCCUGAUUGUGAAGUUUGAUGGAGUGCACCAUAUUGAAAUCACAGUGCCUGGAGACUAUUUCAGCAAGGUAUGUGGAAUGUGUGGUAACUACAAUGGAGAUUCCUCUGAUGACAACUUGAUGCCUGAUGGCAAACCAGCCAACAAUGUCACUGAACUUGGUAACAGCUGGAAGGCAGAGGGAGACAGUGAUCCUGGGUGCAAACCUGAUGAACGGCCUGAUGACAAACCCAACUGUGACAAGAAUGAAGAAGAAAUCUACAAGUCACAGUGUGCGGCAUCUAUCCUAUCUGAUCUCUUCAAGCCCUGUCACUCUCUCAUUCCUCCAGAAUCUUUCCUGGGGAACUGCAUCUAUGACAUGUGCGAGUAUGAUGGCAUGCAGUCGACUCUGUGCGAUAACAUUGAAGCUUACGCCCAGGCCUGUCAUAGCGCUGGAGUCAUGAUCAGCUGGAGAAACAGCACCUUCUGUCCUCUCCCGUGCCCAUCAAACAGUCACUAUUCUGAGUGCACAGCACCAUGUCCUCCUACUUGUGCCGAUCUCUUCCCCGUAUACUGCCCAUUACCACCUAAUAGUUGUGUUGAAGGCUGCCAGUGCAAUGGAGGUUUUGUGCUAAGUGAUGGCAAGUGUGUUCCGCUCUCAAGCUGUGGAUGUGUUGACAGCAAUGGAAAGUAUCAUGAUGUGGGAGAUUCGUGGAUAACUGACCACUGCGAACAGAGGUGCAGCUGCAGCCUUGGAGGAGUGCUGUCCUGCACGUCCUUUGAAUGCAAUGACAACUCGAUCUGUGAUCUUGACAGCAAUGGAGACCGUUACUGCAAACCUGAGAAAUUCGAUGACUGCAGUAUUGCUGGGGACCCUCACUAUCGUACCUUUGACAGAUACAAUCACCACUACCAGGGAGCGUAUACCUAUGUAUUAACUCAGACCAACAAUCUGCCCAGCUCCCUCACCCCUUUCAUAGUCCGCAGCAAAAACCAGCGGCAGGGAGGCAUCAGCCGAGUGUCACUCCUGCGCGAGGUCUAUGUGGACGUAUAUGGCAUUACUGUUCGCAUGCAGCAGAAGAAGAAAGUGCUGGUUAAUGGAGAGAAAGUUGGUCUACCGUUCAGUCCUGUACGUGGAGUUAACAUAAAAACAAAGUCUCGCUAUGUGAUGCUCACAACUGACUUUGGCCUUUCUGUGCGCUUUGAUGGCAAUGCUCAAGCAGUGGUGACUCUACCAAGUGUAUACAGAUCUCGUGUGCUCGGUCUGUGCGGUAAUUAUGAUGGAAACAACCGUAACGAGUACACAAAACCAGACAGCACAGUUACCCGCAACCUCAAUGAGUUUGGAGACAGCUGGAGAGUGACUGACAGACAGGCGGGUCUUCGUACCACAUCUCUACCAAAGAUGGUGCACCUACACAAGCGUGAAGUGGAAGCUGAUCCAGAUUCAGGGUUUGAUACGACAGGCUGCACAAAUGCUCUGCUGGAGGAGCUGAACGGGAAUAAAAUGUGUGGGGCUCUCAGUGACCCUGCUGGUCCUUUCACUGCCUGUCAUGCUGUGUUAGCUCCGGAUGUCUUCCAGGAGGAUUGUGUGUUUGACCUAUGUGCUGAGCAGGGCAGUGAAGAGCUUCGCUGUGAAAAUUACGCCGUCUAUGCUCGGGCUUGCCAAGAUCUGGGUGUCACACUAGGGCCGUGGAGACAAGAACUGAAUUGCGGUCUGCAGUGUGGGCCCAACAGCACUUACUCCUCCUGUAUGACUCCAUGCCCGGCGUCCUGCGCAGACCUGGCGGCUCCCUCUGAGUGUGAGCAAACACAGUGUGUGGAGGGAUGUCAGUGCGCCUCUGGCUUUGUUCUGAGCGACCAAGACUGUGUGCCUUACAGCAAGUGUGGAUGCACUUACCUCGAUCGCUACUAUCAGCUGAAGGAGACAUUUGUGACAGAGGAUUGUUCACAGAGUUGUGAAUGUACUACCACUGGUGCUGUGUGUCAAACAAAGGGCUGUGGAGACAAAGAGACCUGCACUGUGUACGACACCAAACGUGACUGUUAUAAAUCGAGUCCAUGUUUGAGCUCGCCCUGUCAGAAUGAUGGUACCUGUGUGGAUAAACCAGAUGGUUCUGGUUAUACCUGCACAUGCACUGAAGGUUUUGAGGGCACAAACUGUGAGCUCUUUAAAAUCCCCUCCGAGGGAGGCCUGGAUCAAACAGCUUUUAUCUUGAUCGGAGUUCUUGUGCCACUUGGCGUCAUCCUCAUACUCACAGCAACUGUGUGCAUUUACAAGAAUUGCAGCCGCAAAAAGAUGAGUUAUGAUUCAAGUAAAUUUGAGCUGAACAAAAAGACAGAUCAUCCUUAUAAAACUCUAGAUGAGUGUAAGAAGCAGAGAAAAGACAACAGUGUGCUGAAGACAACUACAUUCUGAGGCAAAAUUAGUAUUUUGACAAUGAUUUGCUGAUGAAAUUGUUUAUAUUUAUUCAUUUUAAACGCCUUUGUGGAAUAUGUGAACCAACUGGCAAAACCUGUUAAUAUUUUAAAUUUUUCAACUUUUCAGUAACUUAUUUGUAAACUUCAUUGUAAGUUUUGGUGUAAGCUGUGUUUUGAGUUGGGGAAUGAGUGCAAUUAUCAAAUGUCUAUGAACAUCUGAUGCAAAAAAAAUUAUAUUUUCUUCUAAAAAAAAUA